AAUCUCGGUACAUCAAUGUUUGAUCCUGUGAUAUCAUUGCCAUCUAAAUAUUCUUGAAAGUUGGUUCAAGAGCCGUCAUUAUACGCCCACUUUCAACCCCUUCAAGCCCUUCAACCAGCAUUUUCGCCAUGUCAUCCCCCAACUCCAACCCUCGCAUCGUCACCACGACGCACGACGCAACAGGAACCGCCAUUUUUGGUUCCGACGGUGAAGUCCCAUUGUUCCAUCCCAUGGGACCGACGGGCUCAUCGUUUGCCGUAUUCGACGUGCGCAACUCGGUGCCCAUCAACAACUCGGAGCCUGCACAAAGCUACCCAAACAUGAUCCCACGCUGUCCGCCAAACGGCGCCAUAUUCUGCAUCAGCAACAUCGCGCCUCACUUCACCGUGCCGAUGCACCGGACGCUGAGCCUAGACUACGGCGUCGUGGUUAGCGGCGAGAUCGUCAUGAAGCUCGAUAGCGGGGAGGAGAGAACUGUCAAGGCGGGAGAGUUCCUUAUCCAAGGGGGUGUAAACCACCAGUGGAUUAAUAGGACGGAUGAGAUAUGCCGGAUUUGCUUUGUGACACUAAGUGCGGAGAAGGUCAAGUUGGCAGAUGGGACAGAGCUUGAUGAGAUUGCCGUCAAGAGAUGAUAUGUCAGAAGAUGGUUGCAUAUCGGGUCAUGCUUGAGGUUGGCCUUUGUUUGUACCUAGUUGAGCAUGCGUACAUCCGUAUUCAAAUAGAAUCGACUUGGGUAGAUUAUAUGAUGCUUUUGUCGCCCAGAAGAUCUUUCAUUCCGGUACAUUCGCGAAUCCUCUCAUACACCCUCUGCGCGCGCUCUUUCUGAUCUAUGCUUGUCGCAGAUGUUUCCGCCUUGAUAGUACGAGUUGGCCAUAGAAGCAGAUACCCGCCAAUGGCGCGGCACCGAGGCAGGCCAUCGUUGCUAGAAUGAAGCCGACCCAUAUGAUCAACACUCCCAAGGGACUGGGGAACGGUGGCGAGGAACUCGUCGGCCAGCCAUUGAAUCAUCAAAACGCACUCUGCAAUGGUAGUGU